AUGGGAUCGCGAAAGCGCACCCACUCCGAGGCCGCCCCGGCGGCCGAGCAACAGGCACCAGAAGAGCCUGGCUUGCUGUCACAGCUCAGGAGUGACUGGGCAUUUGCAAGCCUCAUGCAAUACAUUGCCAUAUUUGGCCAGGUCAUGAAGAUCGACGAGGAGUUUGGGAUUGAGGACCUAGAAGUCGAAUGCCUCAAACCCGAGCCCUCUCAUAAAUUACUAGAGAUUGGAUUGUGUCUCCUCAAAUGGAUCUCGUCACAUCGCGGCCUCACCUUCGAUAAUUUCGAUGAGUACACCCGACGCCAGUACAAUGCGAAAGCACCCAAUGCCACUAAUCCCUUCGGCUACGAUGAAGAGCCCAAAAAAUUCUUGCAUUUUGAUGUCUUUACCAAGAUCCAUGUCCUCCGCCAGCUGACGGUAUGGACUUUCUGGAACCCGGAUCGCAUUCGCGACAAGAUGCCUGAAAAGAAGGAAACUGAGCAGACAGAAUGGCGUAUUGAAGAGUUUGGCUGGGAUCGCGAGGGGCGUUCAUACUAUGUGCUAGAUGACAACCGCCUGUACCGUCGCACCGACCCUCCUCCACCUCCCCCUCCCCAGCGUCCCAAGAAGAAGGCAAAGAGCCGGUCUUCGCGAGUAUCGAGAACGUCAAAGCGCACCUCCAUGGCAGCGGCGGAAGAGGUUUCCGACGAAGAGAGCAAGGAUACUAAUGAUGCAAAUGCUGUCGCGGCCUUUGCUGAAGAACCUUUCAAGUGGGAGUGUGUAGCUGUCACACUUGAGGAAUACCAGGCUUUCUUAGAGACACUGCAAAAAACUAAGGACGCGGAUGAAAAAUACCUGCGCGAUAGCAUUGUUGAGCAUGUCCUGCCCAUCCUCGAAAAGGCAGAAGAAGCGCAGCAGCGCAAGCGCCAGAAGCGUGAAAAGGAGCUUCUAAACCUGCAACUAGUUGCAGGUGCUAAGAGGUCCAGUCGACUUGCCGCCAAGGAAGAAAGGGAACGACAGGAGCGAGAUGCUGCUGAAGCUGCCCAGAAACGUGAAAAUGACCUGGCCGAGGCUCGUAAGCAGCAGGCGAGGCAAAAUCAGCUUGAAGAGGAUCGGCAGUCGCGUACGAUGACUCGAGAGCAGCGCAUCAGAGAUCGUGAACAGAAGCGACUGCUGCAUGAAGCGGAGCUUGAAAGGAUUGCGGAAGAGCAGGAAAAAAUUGAGAGGGGUGAAAGCCGGGUGUCUGCCCGAAACCUCCAGGCUGAUCUGGAGAAGUUCCAGAAGAAUCUAGCAGGGCUUACGCAUGAUGACCAGUGGGUAUUUGAUUGCUCUGGCUGUGGAGUGCAUGGCGAAAACUUGGAUGACGGAAGCCACAGUGUUGCCUGCGAGAAAUGCAAUGUUUGGCAGCAUAGCAAGUGUCUUGGUAUUUCACAAGAAGCAGCCGAAAAGGAAGACUUUCACUUUGUUUGCCGAGACUGCAAGCAAAAAGAAGAAGAUGCUAGCAAGCCCAAACUUCCGCCGCUCAAAUUCCGAGUCAGCGCUUCAGCGUCUCCUUCUGCUACUCCUCUGGUCAGUAAGAAACAGAAGGUGGAAGAUGAUGAAGACCAUGCUCCCCCUUCACCCGUGAAGAAUUCACACAUCGCUUUAUCAAAUGUCCAAGACGAACCCUCAAGAACACAACCUAUUUUACACUCGUCGGCUAUUGGUCAUGGCAACUUCUAUCCUCCUCCAUCUCCACAGCGCCGGGCUCAUCACACAGAUCACACUCCAUCUUCAAGCCCUCCCCGUCCACCCUUUUCUCCGCCAAAGGGUAUGAAUGGCUUGUUGCAUGCCGCUAUGGAGCAGCACCCGCAGUCAUCCUCCUUGCAGCACUCUUUGCCGCCUAUGCAACCAACUCCCCAUCUUCCCCCCUUUGGAUCAUUCCCUGUGCGGCCCUCCUCCUCUCAAUCCGCCCAAAGUCCUGUUCAAAAUCAACCAUCUAUGUCACCUACCCAAGGCAACCCUGAUGUUGGCCCUAUUGCGGGUUUCCCGCCUGCUGCUCCGACCCAUGCAGCCUCCCCGUGGAGUUCUUUCGAGACUCCCCGUCCGCAGUCGGGCCAUGCAGCCACACCGUCGAUGUCUAAUCACUAUCCGUCUUUCUCUGCCGCGACGCCCAACGGCAACCACUCCUCGCCUCCUCAAAGCUCUCACGGCAUGGCUAUGUCGGGGAUUAGCCCAACUAAACAGUCACCUCGUCCGCUUACUGCCAGUGCCAUGGCGGGUGCACCAGUCCUGCCGCCCAUUCGCAGACUAGAGCCCAGUCCAAAGCUCAUGGGCCGUAGCUCUCCAGAUGCCCCGAUUCCUCCACCUGUCAAAUGCAUGACUCCUGAGCAGGAGGAACGCCGACAGAGAGAGAAUGCCUCGAUGCUACACCAGGCUCACCACUACCAGGGCAAUGGCCAGCAUCUGAUGUCAUCACCGUCGCUGAAUCGCAUUCCUCCGUUGGGCUCUGGGACUACAUCUCAGUACCCUGAUCCGGUCCCUUCGCCUCAGCGCGGAAGAAAUGGCCAAAGCCAAUGA